GGGCAAGCAAGCUGGAUUUUUAUUUCUUUUCUGUAUAUAUAUGCUGUGUGAGUGUGAAACGGUCUAGUAGUGUGUGGGGGUCAAGAGAGCAACUCGGCUCAGCUCAGCUCAGCUCAUUCCUUUUGCUUACUUUAAAGCAAGAAGCCACGCGCAAACAUCUCACUCACUUGCUCACUCCAUCUUCUUCUUUCUUCUCCUUUCUUCUUCUCGAUCCAAUCUCUACAAGCUUCAAAAGCAAUGGCGAGAGCCAGCUCUUGAUCACUCAGCUCGCUCGCUAGCUCGUGGUGUUAAUUUGAUCCAUUGCUCACCAUUAACUAAUUUGCCGAUCGAUUCUCGAUCCAUCGAUCUCCAUUGGGUUCUCCUUAUCGAAUCUUAGACAGUGUAGCUAGCUUACUCUCGAUGACCAACGACGGCAGCAAUGGCGCUGCGGCGGCGGCGGCGAGCGGCUGGCUGGGCUUCUCGCUCUCGGCGCCCCACAUGGUGGACGCCCAUCAACACCACCAUAAUCAGCAGCAGAGUCAUGGAGGGCUCUUCUACCCCUCCCCCGCCGCCGCCGCCGCCGCCUACGGCCUGGGCUCCGGCGAUGUCGGCGCCGUAAACACGAGCUUGGGGUACUACUCGCCGCAGCUGGCGUCCAUGCCGCUCAAGUCCGACGGCUCCCUCUGCAUCAUGGAAGCCCUCCGCCGCACCUCCGACAACCAUCACCAUCAAGACAACCACCACGCAGGGGGGCCGAAGCUGGAGGAUUUCCUGGGGGCAGCAGGGCAGCAGCAGCACGCGCUGAGCCUGGACAACAGCUCCACCUUCUACUACUACGGCGGCGCCGGCAAUGCCAAUGCCAACGGCGGACACCAGGGCUUCCUGCAGCAGCAGGCUUACGACGUGUACGGCGCCGCCGCCGCGGCGGAGGAGGAGUCGGCUGCGACGGCGGCGGCCAUGGCGAGCUGGGUGCAGGCAUCCCAGGCCCAGCUGCAGCUGCAGCAGCACCCGCUGGCGCUGUCCAUGAGCUCCGGCGCCGGCUCGCUCUCCAGCUGCGUCACCCUCUCCGGUGCCGAGUAUGGAGGAGGCGGCGUUGUCGGCGCCGGAGCCGGGGGAGAAGGCGGCGGCGGUGGUGGGGGAGGGAGGAAGCGCGCGGGCACGGCGGGGAAUAAUAGUAAUAACAGCAAGCAGCAGGCGGUGCAGCACCGCAAGUCCAUUGACACCUUCGGCCAGCGCACCUCGCAGUACCGCGGCGUCACCAGGCAUAGGUGGACGGGUCGUUAUGAGGCGCACCUGUGGGACAACAGCUGCAAGAAGGAAGGCCAGACCAGGAAAGGGAGGCAAGUUUAUCUCGGAGGGUAUGACAUGGAGGAGAAGGCGGCCCGGGCCUACGACCAGGCGGCGCUCAAGUACUGGGGCCCCUCCACGCACAUCAACUUCCCGCUGGAGGACUAUGCUGGGGAGGUGGAGGAGAUGAAGAAGAUGAGCCGGCAGGAGUACGUGGCGCACCUGCGGCGCAAGAGCAGCGGCUUCUCCCGCGGCGCGUCCAUGUACCGCGGCGUCACCAGGCACCACCAGCACGGCCGCUGGCAGGCCCGCAUCGGCCGCGUCUCCGGCAACAAGGACCUCUACCUCGGCACCUUCGGGACGCAGGAGGAGGCGGCGGAGGCGUACGACAUCGCGGCGAUCAAGUUCAGGGGGCUCAACGCCGUCACGAACUUCGACAUCACGCGCUACCACGUCGACAAGAUCAUCGCCAGCAACACCCUUCUCCCCGCCGAGCUCGCCAAGCGCAACCCUUCCAACGAUCCCGAUCCCAAUUCCACCCUCCUCCUCCAAGACGACGCAUCCGCCGCCAUUCCCGCACCUCCGCCGGCGCACGACCACCAAACCAACGCCGCCGCCGCCGCCGCCUUCUCCGCCGCGCUGCACGACCUCGUCGCCGUCCAGGGCGGCAACGGCAAUGGGAAUGUGCGGAUGGCGGCGGCAAUGUCGGCCGCGGCGGCGGCGUCGUCGUCGUCGCUGGUGACGAGCAGCCUGAGCAACUCCCGCGGCGACGACGAGAUCAGCCCGGACAGGGCAGCCGGCGGUCUGUCCUCCAUGCUCUUCGCCGCCAAGCAGCAGCAGCCGAAGCUCAUGUCGGCGUCGUCCUGGGCGGCGUCUUCUUCUCCGGCGUCGGCCAGGCCCGCUCCAGCCGCUGUGUCCAUCGCGCACAUGCCCAUGUUCGCCGCCUGGGGCGACGCCUGACCGGAACAGAGCUCGCAGCCGGCUCGAUCGCCCAUGGCUUCUUCAAGAUUAAGUAACGUAAUUAGCGGCAGCCGGUACCGUAUUAGUAGUAGCGGCAGUAGCGGGAGAUUAGACUAGUGAAUCAAUUUACCCGAGAAGAACAAGUUUAAGGAUGUAUUAGUAAGAUCGACCCGAUCAGUCGAGGAAAUGCACGGCGUGGCCUCCCCUGUUUCCGUCUCUUCUUCUCCUCCGGCUCCGGCAGCCGGAGAAGAAGAACAAGACGGGGUUUUGUAAAACGGGAGGCCGCCGGUGCAUCUCUUCCUUCACAUGGAUCCCCAAGAAUCAAAUAUUAUAGCACUAGCCUAGCUUAAGUUAA